AUGAGCAGCCGAGGCGCCGCCAGGCCGAACGGGCAGUCCCAAGCCGGGAAGAUCUGUCAGUUCAAACUGGUGCUGCUGGGGGAGUCGGCCGUGGGCAAAUCCAGCCUGGUGCUGCGCUUCGUCAAGGGCCAGUUCCACGAGUACCAGGAGAGCACCAUUGGAGCGGCAUUCCUCACACAAUCCGUCUGCCUGGAUGACACAACGGUCAAGUUCGAGAUCUGGGAUACAGCCGGGCAGGAGCGGUACCACAGCCUGGCCCCCAUGUACUACCGGGGGGCCCAGGCCGCCAUCGUGGUCUAUGAUAUCACCAACCAGGAAACGUUUGCGCGGGCCAAGACAUGGGUGAAGGAGCUGCAGCGCCAGGCGAGCCCCAGCAUCGUCAUCGCCCUGGCCGGCAACAAAGCCGACCUGGCCAGCAAGCGCAUGGUGGAGUACGAGGAGGCUCAGGCGUACGCAGAUGACAACAGCCUCUUGUUCAUGGAGACGUCGGCCAAGACGGCGAUGAACGUCAAUGACCUCUUCCUGGCCAUCGCCAAGAAGCUGCCAAAGAGCGAUCCCCAGAGCACGAGCGGGGCCGGCGGCCGGGGCCGCGGCGUGGACCUGCACGAGCAGAGCCAGCAGCACAGGAGCCAGUGUUGUAGCAACUGAGGCCGAGCCGGGACCCCCACUCUCCAUCCACGCCCCCCCCCGGCGCCCCCACCACCACCACCAGGCCCCACCGUGCCCCUCACCACACUUUGAGCUGCUUCCACUGCCGCUGCUCCCGGGAGCUCCGUCGGCUGCGGAUCGGACUUGGGAUGGGAAUCCAGACUCUUCCUCACUUUGUAUCAUAGGUGCCCGCAGCGACCCGAGCUCCCGCCGGCUCCC